AUUCAUUCAAUUCAUUAUUGUUGAGAGAGUCUUUUUUCUGCAUGCAUCUCUCUCUCUCUCUUGAUCUCCCUUAGUUGUCAGGAUUUAGGAAUUUUUUUUUAAUAAAAAAGAUCAGUGUCCAAUCUCUCUUAUCAUCUUCGAAAGUUUCCUAUUAUUUCAUUCUUCUUCUCAUCCUCAGUUUUCUCUAACUAAGAGACAAUCUUCUUUUGCAUCUCUCUCUUCUCUCUCUCUCUCUCUCUCUCUCUCUCUCUCUCUCUCUCUCUCUCUCUCUCUCUCUCUCUCUCUCUCUCUCUCUCUCACUGCAAACAAAAGCCAAUCUAAAAAAAAAAACAGAGAGCAAUGAAGAAAAUCGUGUUAAAGUUGGAUCUGCAUCAUGAUAAUAAGGCUAAACAAAAAGCUCUUAAAACAGUUUCUACUCUCCCAGGUAUCGAUUCGAUUGCAAUGGACAUGAAAGAGAAGAAGUUAACGGUGAUAGGAACCGUGGAUCCUGUUAAUGUAGUCAGUAAGCUAAGGAAGUAUUGGCCGAUGACGGAUAUCAUAUUGGUGGGACCUGCAAAGGAGCCGGAAAAGGAGAAGAAGGAGGAGCCAAAAAAGGAAGGUGGUGGCGAGCCGCCGAAGAAAGAAGGAGAAGCUCCAAAAGAAGAAGGUAAAAAGGAAGGAGAAGCUCAGAAGAAGGAAGAAGAGAAGAAAGAAGGUGGCGAUAAGAAGGAAGGAGAGAAGAAAGAUCAACCACAACCGCAGCCACUGACUCAACCACCACCACCAGAUCAUGUAUUGGAGCUUGUAAAGGCGUAUAAAGCAUAUAAUCCUCAUCUAACAACUUAUUACUACGCCCAAAGCAUUGAGGAAAACCCUAACGCUUGCGUUAUAUGUUGAAAAACAUGUAUAAUGUAAUAUAAUUUGGGUGAAAAAUGUGAAAAGAUGGACCGAUCUAUACUGAAGAAGAAGAAUAAGAAAUAGAUGAUAUAUCUUAGACUAAGAUAUGUCGAUUAGGAUUAGAUCACUUAUGUUCUUUUCCUACAUAAUGGGGGCGGGGAUUUAAAGUUCAUGUUUCGAAAAAGGUUCUUAUUUCGAUGAUAUGUUUUGUGUAUAUAUAUCGUUGGAAUGUACUAUAGUUUCUAUUGUUUA